AGGUUAUUUAUAGUUUGUGAUCAGGGGACACAAACAGAUGAGUAUCUUAGUGAAAAUUCUCCCAGAAAGAUAAAAUACCAAGAAGAUUUAAACAAAGCCACAGAAGAGAUAGAAGUACUAAAACAAAGUGUAUUAGAAAAAGAGCAAAGGAUUAGAAUACUAAUAUCGCAAACACAAAAUUUGCCUCAGCAGCAGAAUAAUAGAAAUAUUGAAGAGGUCUUCAGAAAUUUGCCUGCACAUCUUGCCAUUUGCGUGAGGAAAUGUAUUAAAAAUUAUAGCCGCGAUCCUUCUGGUCGCCGUUUCGACAGGAGUUUAAAAACCGUGGCUUUAGGAGUUCAAUUUACGUCGCCCUUAGCUUACAGAUAUUUGAGGCCUCUUUUCCAGGUUGCUCUUUUAGCAGUAUUAAGUCUCUAGAGUUGCGAAGCAGAGGCUUCGCUCGUGAACAGAAGUUUAUUUCCAUAUGUUGUGACGAAAUGUCAUUAAAGACUCAUUUGAAAUGUGACAGGCAUAGGGAUUAUGUAAUAGGACUGGAGGACUAUGGCGACGAAAAUCGCACCUCUAGAAUAGCAAACAGUGUUCUUGCUAUGAUGGCCCAAGGGAUCGGUGGUGAGUCUUGGUCUCAGCCAAUUGCUUAUUUUUUCGUGCACGGCUCGUGCAAAGGAGAUAUUUUAAAAAAGUACGUUUUUGAGGUAAUAGCACAUCUGCAAGGAAUAGGUCUUCACACAUGCCAAUUUUUUUGUGACCAAGGUUCAAAUUUCAUUAAAUUCGCGGAGGAAAUUGGUGUAACUGAAGAUAGACCUUAUUUUAAAGUAAAUGGUGAGGAAAUUGCGUUUUUCUAUGAUUCUCCCCAUUUGUUGAAGAGUUCGCGAAAUUGUAUUCAAAAUAGUAAAAACAAUGUACAUUUCCGUGGACAUCCUGUUAAAUGGAGCGAUAUUGUCCAUUUUCACGAACAGGAUUCACAUCGCGGAAUACGAUGUGCCCCUAAAUUAACAUCGUCGCAUCU